AUGACGGAAAGACGACAAUUCAAACAAAAUCUUCGUUCUCAUUUUCAAUACAGAAACACUCAUGGGGCUCCAGAAGACAUUCAAGCGGAUGCAUUGUUAUUAUUUACGCCAGAGGUGAACAAAAUUGAAAAGUCGUGGACUUGGGACGAUGGAAGUUUUUCCGAAAGUGGCAGUAACGAAAGAGGUGAUCUGGCGACGAUAGCGAGUCUCAACUGGUCGCCGACAUCUGAGGAUUCGUGUGCAACUUUGAACAUCCUGGGAGAAUGGAUUAACGACACGGCUGAACCUGAAAAAGAAAGCUACAGUGCGAAUACAAUUUUAUCAUCCUCGAUCGUAGUUAACGACUAUUUGACAGAUGUUGACUCUUCGGUGGAUAAUAAUGAAUGGUUACAAAGCUACUCGAACCACACUGAACCGUCGAUCCAAAAUAACUUUGUCGACACCGCGUGUUUUAUGCCUCAUUCAAAUGUUGAAGUGGAAACGAAAUUGGAUAGCCGAGGAGAAUUUCUAGUCCCCAAAAACUUAACAAACUAUAGGGAAAGCACCAACCAAGAUAUCCAUACAGUCACCGCCAUCCAAAGACAGCAACAAGCUUUUGAAUCGGAACAACAGUUUCAAGAUAAUCCACUCGAUCUUCUUUUGCCGAAACUGUUCGCGCUUCGAGACAAACUCUACACGUGUUCAGAUGAUAGAGAGCUCUUAAGGGAUGUUUCUGAAUUAGAUGCAUUGAUAAGCGAAUACAAGACAAAUACUCCCAACAUAGAACAUUCCGAGACCCACCUUGCUGUAACUGUACUUGUAACGAACAUAACUGAAUUAUGCUCAAGAGCAAUAGAUUUCAAUAAGAAAUUGUUUAAUAUGCAUUAUAAAAUUUCCCAAGAGCUUUUAAACUUACACACAACGUACGCCAUGUCUCUAGAAUCUUCAUAUACUGAUGAUGUUGAAAGAAUGCAUUCCACGACAAGCAACACUAUAAGAUCUGAUACUCAAUCACUUUUGGUAAACGGUGGAAAAACCUCUCGUCAAGAGACUGACCCUCGGGCCGCUUUCCUGUUCAUCAAAUUUCUGUUCGACAAUGAUUUCAAUAAACCAACAAAAUCUCAGAUAAGGAACUUGGCAAAGUGGACGAGCAUUACCGAGCGUGAGGUAGAUCGAUGGUUUAUCCGAACAAGAGCUAAUUACGUCAAAUCGAACAAAGAUCCUCACAAGGAGUUACUUACUCGCGCGAUGCGCCUCCGUCGGCAAUUUCGUGGACCUCUGUCGGAGUUGAUGAAACCAAACUCUUAUGUCAUCAAGAAAAGCUUCGCAUCGAGAAAACUGCGUCGUGAAUCCCAGAAAGUCAUAUAA